GUUCAGUAAACCAGUCUUACCAGCCUCACCUCUCAAAUUCAACCGUAGAGUCAUCACAAAGAUGGUCUUUUUCAACUGUUUUUUUAUUGUUUAACAAAAUUAAAGUGAUAUGAUUAUAAAUGGUGGUCACCUUUUAUUUCACUUUGAUACCUCUGGUUCUUCUGGUAUCUGGUCUUUCAGAGGGUGACUCUAGUUCCAAUCAACACCGAACCGGAUAUGCUUGUGAAGGGUUAAGUUUAACCUUAUCUUGUGAUGAACCGUACCACAUAAACUUGAUACGAGCUAAUUUUGGUCGUUUUAGCAUUUCAACAUGUAAUACUCAAGGAAAUCUUGAGUGGAGUGUAAAUUGUGCAUCACCCGGAUCUUUUGCCCUUAUCAAACAAAAUUGUAAUCAUAAAAAUCGAUGUUUACUUCCAGCUUCUAGUGCUUUUUUUGGUGAUCCAUGUCCUGGAACAUAUAAAUAUCUUGAGGUUCAUUAUGAAUGUGUGCCUAAAAUAUCUCGUCCAGGAUCUUCGGAUGUCCGAUCUAUGGUCGAUGACAUCUGGUCAGGAUCAUCCUCUCAAUCUUCUGAACAGAGUUCUAAACCAAAGAUUAUAAGUCCACCACCAAUUAUUAAACCAAAUAUUGCUCCACGUACAAGUAGUCCAACUGUUUCCCCAUCUCCUUCAGAUAUUUAUAUUAAUAACAAUGAUACAAUUUACGUUCCACAUCCAUAUCCUCGUUCAACUACACCUCGUCCCGAUUUAUGGAGUUUAACACCGAGCUUUGAUGGGCCAAUUGAUUCCAAUGGACAAUCUGCUCAAUAUGCUAGUGAAUCUAGUGCACAACAUUCACUCAACAAUAACCAUUGCCUAGCUGGUCUUUCUCGAGACCUUUUUUGGAAUUAUACCGAAGUUGGUCAAAAAGCUACUCAAGCUUGUCCAAACGGGUCCAAGGGUCGAGCUGUUUGGACCUGUGUCCGUCAAGAAGGUGUACCACAAUGGAUACCACCUAAACCAGAUUUUAGUGAUUGUCAAUCAUUGUGGAUGUCAAAUUUAACCAAUAGAUUGAAUAAAGGAGAUGCUGUAGUUGGCAUUGCUGCUGAACUAGAGUCUAAAACGCGUUCAUUAGUUUUAUAUGGAGGUGAUGUUUAUCGGGCAACCGAAUUGAUUAAUCAGCUCGUUCUUAAAAUGGAAGCAGUUGUUGAACAGUUUCCUGAUCAGCGUCAGCGAAGUCAAAUAAUUAAAGAAUUAUUAAUUUCCAUGCAAGAUUCUUGCAGUAAUCUUUUACGUAAAAAUCACCAAGAUUCAUGGCUUGAAUUGAGACCAAACAUUCGAAUAGAAGCUGCCACCGCUUUAAUUUACACUCUGGAAAGGACAAGUUUACUUUUGGCGGAUACAAAAUCUACAGCCAGUGACUACAUUCGUGCCCAUGAUUAUAUAUAUUUAGCUAUUCAUACAAGAGACGCCAAAGAUCUUUUAGAUUAUCCUGGUAAACUGAUUCUUCCCUUACCACCGAAUUCAGAUGAUUCUGAAACUAGUUUAGAUCAUGCAUCUUACUCACAAUUCAAUGGAAACUCAGUUGAACUUUCUACCGAAGCAAUUUUCGACCUCGGACUCAAUAAUGGUUUUACCCGUCUUUUUGUUGUCAUGUUUAAACGACUGGACUCUAUUUUGGAGCCUGAAUACUAUAAACCACCUUCUCUUGACGAAGGCGUUUUUAAAAUACUCAACAGUGACAUUAUUGGAACUACUUUGAGUUUAGUGGGAUCAACCGUCUCCAGAGUUCCUUACAAUUCCUUGAGGACUGGUUCAGUAUGGAUUAAGAUAACAUUUCGACAUUUAUUGGUACAAAAUGUUACCAAUCCUAAGUGUGUUUAUUGGGAUCCUGAUAAGCUCGACUGGUCAACUAAAGGUUCAUACUUGUUGUUGUCCAACCUGACUCAUACAUUCUGUGAAUAUGAUCAUUUAGGUUACUUUGGACUCAUCAUGGAUCACAUUGAUUCACCCAUAGAAACACCCACCGUUCCAUCUGGUGAUCUCUAUUAUGGUAACCCUGAAACUGACGGUACCAUUCGUAUCUUAUUAAUCCUUGGAUCAACCCUCAACUCUAUAAUACUUCUAAUUGCCUUAGUGACACUUGUCUUGGUUCGCAACUUGCAAACUAAAGAAUCGGCUUUGAUUCAUAAAAAUGUUACCAUCAAUUUAUUGCUCGAUCAUCUAGUGCUGCUCCUCAUUUUGGGAACUUACUUUUCACCAAGUUACUUCAAUUCAAAUUCCUUUAACUUGAUGACAUCAAUUUCCUCUAGUUCUGGUUAUCUUUAUAACAACACCUCAACACUGCGAUCAUUAGGACUUCUCGUUGCCUUAUACCAUUACUUUCUUCUUGUUCAUUUCGUUUGGAUUCUUUUUGAUCUUUUUGAGCUUCAUUAUCGUCUCACAAGAAAACAAUUUGUUGACCAAUCUCUUGUUCUUGGUCCAUCUGGAUCGGUUGCUGUAGUGAAUGCAGCCUCAACAGUGACAACUACCUCGGUUCUUGCCGGCAACAUUAAUCCGGUGAAACUGAGGCGUUAUCUUUAUAUAACAUCUUAUUCUGUUCCUUUGGUUGUUAUUUUGCUCAUUUCUUGGUCAACUUCAUCUCAGGCCUUACCCAUGUUUGCCAAUCUCUGCUCACUUGAAGCACGAUCUCACUUAGCUUCAUUUGUCAUUGCCUCAUCUAUCAUCCUCACUGGUCUUGGAUUGAUACUUCUUUUAGUGACAUAUUCAAGAAUCGGUUUGCAAGCAACAGCAACAGCAGCAGCUGCUUCACUAGCAGCUUCUCCUUCAGUUCCCGUUGGAAGUUUUGUUUAUCCACCAGGAUUAAUGACAAGUGCGGAUAAAUUUGCGACCGAUUUAAUGUUAAAUAGAAAACUGAAAAUUUCACUUUUUCUCCGUUUUUCUCUCAAUUUGCUGGCUGCCAUAAAUUGUGCUCUCGGUGUUGUUUAUCUAACCUACAAAGUAUCAACAAUUGGAUACUUGUUUGCCCUCACAAAUGUCUCCCUUGGAUUAUUCGUGUUUUCCUACUACUGUUUAACCAAGGAAAAUAUUCGUGCUCGCUACUCGUUAAUCUGUUCAUAUGCAGCAAGAUAUGUUGUGUGUUUAAAAGGUGACUCAAAAACUGAUUACCUCAACAACCAUGGUAAUCAUCACCAUCAUCACAAUCAUCCAAAUGUAAUUCACAACCUUCCUCUUAAUAGCGGCCUUAACGAUGGACUAUCUAGAGGCAUAGUCGUUGGAGGUUACAACAAGAAUCCAUCUAUUCCUAACCUGACUGGUAAUCCAGCUCAAUUAACUGAACCCAUAAUAGGCAAUUCAACUAGCAUGGGAGCUUUAUCAUCAAUGGCUCGUGAUUAUGCAACAUCCAAACAUUAUUUGGCCAGUGAUGCAGCUACUACAGAGAGUGGCUCUGAUUACGGUUGUCGACGUUUAACAGCAGCAGCUGCAGCCGCUGCCGCUGCUGCAAAUAAUGCACCCCACCUGAUAACCCAUGGACCAACACCAAAUCACUUUUAUCACCUUUACAAUCCCAAACAACCUUGUAAUCCAUACUCUUGUCAUCACAUGAUUGAACAUGUAUAUGAGUGUAUUGACGACGAACCCUAUGUUGCCAAGGUAAUCUUACCGGCAGGAUCUGCUGUUGCCUCAGCAACUUUGGGUAAUUACAGGCUACAUUCCAUGGCAGCGGCCCAAGCCGCUGCUCACCAUGGUCACCAUCUUCAUCACCUUCAUUUCCAGCAAACUUUACCUAACCACUACCUUGGUUACCAUAAUUUAGAGUCACUUCACAAUAGCGGAUCUCAAUUUGAUGUUACUCGGUCUGCUGUCAAUCCAGGCUCUUCUGUCAACUUUUCACCCGAUAGAGCCGCCUCUUUAGGUAUCAGUAUGGGAGGAGGAGGGACUCUCCAAAGGUGCCUCGUAUCAACAUCUUUAAGUGCCAAAAAAGCUGAACCACCAAUAACUACAACAAUGCCCGUGACAACAACAUCGUCAACAGCCGAACACAAUUUAACACCACUUUAAUUGUUGAUCAGUUGCUCUGAUUAUCUUAAAAUAAUAAUCUUCAAAUUAUUUUGUUACAAAAAUUGCACAAAUUCAAGAUGAUUUCAAAAAUUGUCUUCAAUUCUCGUUCGUUCAUCCUUUUUUUUCUACUCAUAAAUAAUUGAACAUUUUUUCCAUGUAUAAAAAUGUACUAAACAACUAUUUAUAUCAAGCUAAACAUGGUAUUUGAUAACGUGAUAAUCAUAAUCUAAGCCCCACAAACAUCCAAACUAUGAUUAUUUCAAUGCUGAAAAAAGGCUCACAAGAAUCGCAAGAUUCUCUAAAGAAAA